UUAAAAGUCUAAAACCCUAAACAUAACCAUUGGCCCUUUUUCAAACUGCGUCACACAGAAGACGAAGAAGCGAAGAAGAAGAAGAAGAAGAAGACCAAACACUAUCAUUUCUCAUCGUCAUCAUCCCCAACUACUUUUUAAAAAUUUUAUUCCAUCGCCGGCCCGAACAAAUGUCGACUACCCGUCGGAUCCGCGGCGAGAAUCGGUUCUACAACCCUCCUCCGAUGAGGAAACUUCAACAGGAGCGUGAGAAGAAGAGACUUGAAGCGGAGGAGGAGGAGAAGAAGAAGAAGUUGAAGGCUAAGGAGAAGAUGCUCGAUCGUCAGAUUAAGGCUUCUCACAAGGACGACAUUAAGAAACCCGAUGAGUGCUCUACCUCCGAUUCCUCUCUUGUACCGGUUCGGGUCUCCUCCACCACCACCGGCACUUCGUCCAAUUUGGGCCGGUUUCUUGAUUGCACCACUCCCGUCGUCUCUACGCAGUACUUGCCCAUGAGAAGCAUUAAAGGUUGGAGAACCCGGGAACCAGAGCACUGUCCUUACUUCUUGCUGAAUGAUUUGUGGGAUUCAUUUGAGGAGUGGAGCGCCUACGGUGUCGGGGUUCCCCUUCUCUUAAGCGGGAUUGAUUCAGUUGUUCAGUAUUAUGUUCCUUAUCUCUCUGGAAUUCAGCUUUAUGAAGACCCAUCUAGAGUUUCAGCAAGUAGGAGGAGAGCUGGUGAAGAAAGUGAUGGUGAUUCACCUAGAGACAUGAGUAGCAAUGGCAGUAAUGACUGUAGAGAGCUAUCUCAGAGUUUAUACAGAGCCUCUUUGGAAGAGAAACCUUGCAUUGGUUCAUCCAGUGAUGAGAGUGAGGCUAGCAGUCACUCUCCUGGUGACCUUGUCUUUGAGUAUCUUGAAGCUGCUAUGCCAUUUGGCCGUGAACCAUUGACUGACAAGAUUUCAAACCUGUCAUCACAAUUUCCUGCACUCAGAACAUACAGGAGUUGUGAUCUAUCACCUUCGAGUUGGGUCUCUGUAGCUUGGUACCCAAUAUACCGAAUACCAUUAGGUCAAUCGUUACAAAACCUCGACGCUUGCUUUUUAACAUUCCACUCCUUAUCAACACCUUGUCGAGGUACAAGCAAUGAGGAAGGUCAGAGCUUAAGCAAAUCGGGUGCAUCAUCGAAGCUUCCAUUACCAACUUUUGGUCUGGCCUCCUACAAGUUUAAGCUGUCGGUGUGGAGCCCAGAGAGUGACUUGGACGAGAACCAGAGAGUCGGGACGCUGCUACAAGCAGCUGAAGAGUGGCUCAGGCGGUUGAAGGUGACUCUACCAGACUUUAGACACUUCAUAUCGCAUAGUGGUUCGCCCUGGAGAUGAAAUAUUUACAGUCAUUUCUAAAAACUAUAAAUAACGAGAGUGAUAUAUAGCAAAAGUGAAACAUAUUUCAGCAACUUUUGUUUGUUUUUGUCUGAAGGGGGAAAAAUGAGAAUCUUGUAUAGACACUGAUCGUACAUUUGUUCUAUUAUUGUGGAAACUUGUUUUAUGUAAUUGAAAAAAAAAAAAAAA